AUGACAUGGGAUGAUAACGACACUUCACAAAUGAACCAUGUAAGCGGAGGUGGUAAAUUGUCACGAUCCUCGCAUACACUAACAGUUAUAGACAACCAUGCUUAUAUCUUUGGCGGAGAGCUGACGCAACGCGUUUCUGUAGAUAAUACUAUGUAUAUUUAUAAGCUUGGUAUGAUGGAACCCUCGAAUCUCAAAACAUUGGGAGACCCUGUUCUUCCGGAGACUCGAGAUCCCGGAAACAUUCCAGAACCACGAGUCGGUGCAGCUUCCGCAACUAUCGGACACUUGAUAUUUCUAUGGGGAGGACGAGAAAUGUGUCCGAAUUCUGGUCUAACAGAUCCACCUCCUAUAGCGAGAUCUUAUCAUGCCAUGACUGCAUCUCAAACCCACUUAUACAUAUACGGAGGUUGUCCUGUUUCCGGUCGACUGAAUGACUUAUACAGCUAUAACCCAUUAACCAGUCGCUGGACCACUCUUCCCGCGUCCACAGGUAUAUCACCACGUGGCGGUUCUGCCCUUGUUUAUCAUCGUCCACAAAAUAAAUUAGUUCUUUUUGGAGGUUUCAACGGAAAAACUGAAACAGACGAUCUAUAUGUUUUCGAUGUUGCGGCGAAUAAAUGGCACGAGUCAAGAAAUUUCAUUGUCAGUCUGCCAAAUAGUAAUCUAUUGGUGGCGAUGUAUGGGGAGCUAGACCCAAGUCCAAUUGGACAUGCAGAUGCAGGUAAGUUUUGGGAGGAUGUCUGGAGGAUCAAUGCUGAAGUGGGCGAUAAUCAGGAAGAGUUAGCAAUAGAAUGGGAUCGACAGCACACAUCCACCGCUGUUCUCCCGAAUGAAGUAGAAUCAAGGAAGCCUACUCCUCGAGGAUGGUUCCAAGUUGCGGGAUGGAAUGAAAAAGUUGUGCUCAGUGGUGGUUUGAAUAGUAAUAACGAGAGAUUAGAUGACUUGUGGUUUUAG